CCACUCCUCAGACGCAAAGUGCAGAGCCUGUAGACGUCAUCUAGUAGUACAUCGACUUUCUGCUGUGCGCAGGAUCAUGGUGGAGGGGGCCGGGGCGCUGAUGCGCGUCUGAUAUGCUGCUAGUAAGUCUUUGUAUGUCAUUGCAGUUGACUUCCUGGGGCGAGAGUCCUGUGCUAUGAUCGGAUUUCCCUUUCUUGGAAGUUCUUUGAAUAUUCGUUCAAAGGCGUAAAUACAUUCUGUCAGCAGAAAUGGCAGGUAGCUUCGCAACGUGCGUCCGCCCUCUUCUUUUAUCGAACCCUGCAGCAUUCUUCUGUAGUGGAAAAGCAUGCUCAGAGUCUUCCCCUACUUUCAGCUGCCCAGGGACUUUCUUGGCACGGCAUCAGCCGUCCGCAAUGAAGUACAGCUCCUGUCUGAAGACCAGCAAAGAUCCCUGCAGGACUUUGUUGCGUUUACAAAGGGUUGAGACCUUUUCGCUCAAUACAAACUUCUCAGAUUCAAGGGGGGGCAGAAAAUUUUGCAGCACUAGGUUACAUGCGCUUGAAGACGAGGAUAGGGACAACUCUGAACAGGAAAAGAGGGAAGACCGAUCAGGUCCUUUGGGUGAAACAAGAAGUGUGUCGACAGGUGAAUCCUUAGCAGAGGAGGAUCUUGGGGAGGUCUCUGAGCGUUGGGACGGGAAUGAAAGUGAAGCUGGGGGAAGCACUUCCAGCAGCGGAGUGAAUGCUAAGGCCCAGGGGAUUUCUUUAGAAAGACCAGAAGAGACGGUGGGACCUUCGGACUCCAGCACAAGCGGUGCGGAGGCGAAUGCUGAGGGGACCUCUGGUGAGGAGGCGCAGACGCAGCGUGUUCUCGACAUUCUGCAUCGCAGAAAGGAACAGCCAGCUCGUGAUCAGGGGCCAAGCUUGCGUGAGCGUUUUGGAGGAUUCAGGGUUUCGGGGCCGCAGGUGCCCCUCACGUUGCAACCCCUGAAAUUGAAGAAGGGGGACGAGGGGCCGGCAGAGGCGUCCAAAGAGUCGACAAAGAUUCCUGAGAGCAACAUAGAAUUAAAGGAGUCAGCGCAAAAUGCUGAGGGCAACGAGGAACCUGAGGUUGUCAAAUUGGAUGUAAGCCAAGAGUCUGUUUCUUCAUUGGAAGAUUCACAGUCAGCUGCGGAAGAUUUAGAGGACGCUAGACUAUCAACCAGUGGGGAGAAUGCUGCCCCUGAAAGUACUGCUGAGCUCAGUCCAGACGUUCCAGAGGUCAGCGACUCUAAGGCCCCCAAUGAGGAGGACUCUAACGAGAAGGGGGAGAAAAAGAAGAAGCCGGUAGUGAUUCCGCCGGGGCCUUCAGUGGCAGAAAUUCCCAUCCCCCCGCGCACCGAUGAGGACGAGCGAUUGAUCGCCGUGUUUGAGAAAAAGUUGAACGCCGAUUGGAAGGUGGACGGUGUGGAAAGCGAGCUCGGACUGUAUAUUGCCAAAGUGAAGGCGCUCGAGAGCUUUCAGUCGGAGCUGGCGCGUCCGGAUGAUGACAUCGACCUUGUGCGGGCGGCGGCCUUGAUUGCGCAACACGCGUACCCCGAGGCGUCUCCCGAAGCGUGCGACGCGGAGCUGCGGCUCAUGGCCGAGGAUUUGACGCACGAGCUGCCGCCCCCGGCGGAACGUUACCCGUUGCGCAUGAUUGCGGCCAUCAACAAGUUUCUGUAUGAGCAGCGCGACUUCAAAAAGAACAGCGGGCAAAACGCCGACGAGAUGCUGUCCCUCAACAACGUCCUGAAAUGCAAAACGGGCGACCGUAUCUUAUUGAGCCUGAUCUACCUGGAGCUCGCGCGCCGCGUGGGCUUCCCCAUGCAGACCUACACCUUGGCGGGGGUCUAUUUUGUCGUCCGACCCCUGGCUGCGGACAGCACGUUCUAUGUGGACGCCUCGGACAAGGGAAAGUUGAUGUUCCUAGCGGACGUCCAGGCCAAGCUCCGCAAGAUCUUCUUCGCGUCGAUCACCGUCUACCCCGACUACUUCGAACGGAAGGAGCCCAUCUCGAAGCGCGAAUUUCUGGUGCACAUCCUGACGACCCUCAAGCACGACUACCUGGAGAAGCGCAACUUCGUGCGCUGCCUCGCGGUCAUCGAGUACCUGAAAGUCGCGCGGAAGGGCCCGGAGGGCGCCUCCGAGCUGCGGGACGCGGGGGUGUGUCUCUUCUCGCUGCGGCGCAUCCCGGAGGCGACGUCCAGCCUGGAGCAGUACUUGGCGAUCGUCCCGAAUGCUCCGGACGCAACAUACGUGCGGGAGUGGUUGCGAAAGAUCAGGGAGGGGCGGAUGGGUGGGUCAGAAUGAAAACGUGUUGCACGAGGUAUCCUCGCAAGUGUUACUUUUAGCAAAUGUACAUACCAGCAGCUAUUGAAUUGCUCGCAGGCAUCUCUGUGUGAAUCUCUCAUAGACAGAUACGCUUUUGAGAAACCCACAGAAUCAUGUAGAUAAGUUUGGCAUGUUGACGGUGCCGUACUGGGCUAGUUCAUCGAGCACCUACUCUUUGUGCACCGCCAUCACUUAAGUCAUGAGUUGGCUGGCAGACCUGAAACGAAUUGGCGGCC